AUGUCAGCCGACUUAGGCGGUACCGAACUUCUGAGACCACUGCAAUGGCUUCAGUCACAAGCACCAACUCAAGGUCAUUCGCGUCAGAUUCUUCUUCUCACAGACGGAGAAAUAUCAAAUGUAACCGAAGUUAUAGAUCUUUGUCGGUCAAUAUCCACAUCGGCAAGAAUAUUUUCGUUUGGUAUUGGUCAUUCACCGAGUCGUGUACUAAUCAAGGGUCUCGCUCAAUCAACCAACGGUCGAUUCACAUUUAUUCCUCCAGAACAAGUGCCGCGAUAUUCAUGUUGCCGAACAAUUGCAGAAAGCUCUUGA